UGCCGCCUCCCUGGGCUGGGGCCAGCUGGGAGCAGAGGCCUGGCGCCUCCAAGGCAUCCCAUAGCGGAGCAGGCCGAGGGGCUGUGCUGACCUUGGGCUUUCCAUGGGAACCACACUGUGCCUCAACUUGAACAUUCAUCCCAACUGCAAAGGAGCAAAGAACCUGUGUCAUUCCUGUCCGGAAGCUGCCAUCUCUCUCCCAUGCACAUCCAGGAAGUACGCUGCUAGUGGCCGCCAUAGCUCUGAUUCUCCUCCACCUGCUCUCACGUGAGACAAAGGUCUCCUUUUCUCUUUACUUAAAAAAGGGGAGAGGAGGGUUCCUAGAUUCCAUCUUCAAACCCCAGUCUUCCCAUAAAAUUGGAUGUGGGAAAAGACCUUCACUGCGGUGUGGCCUGUCCCAGACCUCUCCUAUCGAAGGCCACAAAACCAGUCCAGGCCCGGCAGAGCCGCCUUUGGCCCUUGUAGCUCCUGCUGGCCCCACAACGGGGAAGCAGUUUGCAAAGUGGCUCGGAAGGAGUGUGGCCUAGGAAUCUGCUACAAGUGGCCGGGUGUAGCAGGAGAGCCCAGCGUCCCCUCCUGGUCCCAGUCAGCCUUAACACUGUGGCAUCCUCCGCAGCACACACAGUGGCCUGCAGUCUGGAAAGCGGACCCGAGCCUUUGCAGAGAGGCACCAUGGAGCCGCAGGCCCGCACAGCAGCCCCAGCCUCCCACUCCUGACUGUGAGGACAUCGGUUCUAGGAGAGCACUUUCUUUAAAGCUCCCAUUUUGUAACCACUCGUUUGCAGUUGACUUGAGUACUCUGGUGACUUGCUGCGUGAAGCGAUCUCCAGGCAGGUUUUCUUCCCAAGAGUUAAGUCUUCCCUUGAAGGCAGGGAAGCAGGAUGGAUACACAUGUAUCAUACACAUAAAGUACCAGGCGCAGGAGCAGCCCAAACUCGAGGCUGACUAAACUGGAGGCUGCACUGUGGAGGUCUGCAUGCAGCCUCCCUGGAGGGCAGGGAGGGGGCGCCCCCGCCCCUGGGCUUGAGGGUGCCACUCCCCGUGGGCUUCCAGGCCUGCCCAGGUGAUGCCUUCAGGCCUUUGCCCCUGGCGGCCAUCCUCAGGCCAAUUUUGACCAGCAAUGAUAGACUCUUCUUAACCCUUUCAAAAAAAUUUUUUCAGUGGGACAGGAAGGAGAGUUAAAAAACAUUUUUUUAAAGGUGGUAACAUCUGACCCAUGAAGGGUAUGGGUCUGUUUUACGCUAAAUAAACGUUUUUCAAAGAAA